AACGUCUACUUCCUCUCGUCACUCUCUCCCUGAACUACUGAGGCUUCGAGCUCUCCCAUCUCUCUGACUGUGGCUUUCGGCCUCUCGCACUCAAGCUCUCUGGUCUCCGGUCUCUCUCACUGUCUCGGUCUCGCACCCAGUCGCGCGCCUUCCCGCGAUCCUCGUCGCCGGAGGCAGAAGUAGCAGGUUCCGGGACUGGUCGUCGUCGCUCCCUGUCUCUUCAGGUCUCGCACUCAGAUUCGCGCCUUUCCUGCGCUCGUCGUCGCCGGCAGCAGGUCCCGUGGGCUGUCUUGGUUGUCAUCUUCUUGCUUCGAGCCUUGCCCUUCGCGCAACCACAAGCUGGGACCCAUUUGCCAUGCCGACCUUUAGUGCCAUAGCAUUGGAUAGGUUGUUAGAGCCUGGAGGUUCCAGACCUGUUGACAGAUCUGCUUCGAAUUCGAUGCCUCUGCCAAACUCACAGAAGGGGAGGAAUGCUAGUGCGCCCCCGAAGAAAAAAAAGGCUACUCGUCCGCCAUUAAAACCAGCUCUUUAUGCCACUCCUGAGGUGACGCCACUUCCGGAUGCACCCUCUUCCUUUCCUCCAUCACCAUACAUCAUUAACCAUAAGCGACGUGGGCCGCGCCUCCUCAAGAGCACUUCAGAGGCCAGCAUACUGGCUGAGCGGAAUGUUCUCCAGGAUUGUGAAAAGCCUUUUGGUAAGAGCUCAGAUAUGGUGAUUGUAAGUUCAGCUGGUGACCUCCAAGUUCCUUAUAAAAAUCCUGAAGCUGUUAAAGAGGAGCUCGGUGACAGUGUUUAUCACUUUGAAUUCGAUAGCAGCAAUAAUGGUGACUUUGGGGCUGGACACAGGGAAAGUGAGAGUAGUAGCAUUACAAAUGAUUUACAGGUACCGACAGUGAAUUCACAAAGAGGUUUAGAGAUUGAAGAUUUCUUCGAUCCAAAUGAAUCAAUGAGUUUUGCAAGUAUUACAGAUGUUGAAGAUAAUGCUGGGGCAGAACUGUCUAUGAAGUACAGCAGUCCUGGGGAGUUUUUUGAUGCUUGGGAAGAACUAUCUUCUGAAGGCGGAGCUCAAAAUUCUACAAUUGAUUUUGAAGCUGAAUUACGUGAAAUGAGGUUGAGUCUAUUGAUGGAGAUAGAGAAGCGGAAGCAAACUGAAGAGUCCCUUAACAGCAUGAAAAGCCAAUAUGAGAGAAUUAGGCAAGGCUUAUAUAGUGCAGGAAUUGUUUUGCCUGCAAAUCUUACUGCUGUUGCUGGGGCUGACCAGCUGAAUUCUGAUCCCAUGGAAGAUCUAUGUCAACAAGUUCAUGUUGCAAGAUUCAUAUCAAACUCCAUUGGGAGAGGAAUGGCCAGGGCUGAAGUUGAAGCACAGAUGGAAGCUCAACUAGAUUUAAAGAACUUCGAGAUUGCUCGGCUGUUGGAACGCCUCCGAUGUUAUGAGACCAUGAAUAGGGAGAUGGUUCAGAGGAACCAGGAAGCGAUAGAGUUGGCACGGCGUGAUAGGCAACGGAGGAGGAGAAGGAUGAAGAGAUGGGUAUGGAGCUCUAUUACUAGUGCGAUUGUGCUUGGUUCUGCAGCAAUAGCAUGGUCUUAUCUCCCAUCAAGUAAAGGGUCAUCCUCCUCUGCAGACCUUGAUGUGGUUGCUGAACAUGAGGAUGCAGCCGCCAAGUAAAUACACAUCAUCAUCAUCACUAACUACACUUGUGUGUCAUGUUAGAAGAGGAAAAAUAAAAAGUUACAUGCCACUGUGUGGCAACUUAUAUUUUGAUCAAUUCAAAUUUUCCGGCAAGCACAGAGUGAUGUGCAUGGUACAAAAUAAUACAAAGAAUUAGUUCUUUCCGAUGCAGAGUUCAUGGUAGGAAAUUUAGUGCAGUGUUUCCGUAGCUCAGUCAUGCGUUCAUGGAAAUUCUGUGGACGUGCAAAUACUUGGUUAUCUUACACAUCUGUCACAAAUCGGUUAUAAGAUUCUUUAUGAUAGCUCCUCCCACU